CAGGUCUUCAUAGUCACUGGCGGUUACGUUGGCGUGGGUUACCAACUCAGUCGCAUCCUCCAUCAGAGACACGGAACAGUGUACAUCGCUGGCAGAAGCAAGCAGAAAGCUGAAGCGGCCAUUUCUGCAAUCGAGAAGGAAAAUCCAUCGUCUCGGGGCCGUCUUGAGUUUCUUGAGCUUGACUUGGCUGACCUGGCCAGCGUCGCCAGGGCUGCCAGUGAUUUCAUGUCCCGCGAGGAUCGUCUCGAUGUCUUGACUAACAAUGCUGGUGUAUGUGAGCCACCUGUGGGUUCCAGAACAUGUCAAGGCCACGAACUGCAGAUGGGGACCAACUGUCUGGGGCCGUUCCUCUUUACAAAACUGUUGCUUCCCAUUCUUCGAAAGACCGCCUCCGCGGCGCUUACGGGGGUGCGCGUUACAUGGGCUGGCUCCCUUGGAGCUGACUUGCAGUCACCGCCAGACGGCAUCCAGUUUGAUGGUGAUGGCUCGCCGAGGAACCACACUAGUCAGGGUGUAAAUUAUGGACAAUCCAAGGCUGGAAACUUUUAUCUUGCGCGGGAAUUCUCCAAAAGACUCAAGGAUGACGGCGUUAUCAGCGUGGCCUUCAACCCUGGAAAUCUCAGAUCAGAAAUGCAGCGACACGGAAGUACAAUGCGCAAAGUACUCGUGCAUAUCAUGAGCCACCCGGCAGUCUACGGAGCCUACACGGAGCUCUACGCGGGCUGGUCCAAAGAUAUCACCAUGGAGAAAACAGGAGCCUGGGUCAUUCCAUGGGGUCGCUUUGGUCACCUACGAGAUGACAUCGAGAAGGGAUGCGGGAAUGGCGUGUCAGCCAAGUUCUGGGCUUGGUGCAAGGCAGAGUCGAAGGAGUUCUGUUCCGAGAGAGCAAAAUAG